AGUCCACAACCAAACCUCAUGUUGCAAAUUCCACCAUUCUCCUUACUGCACUCGCACAUCCACCAUGCCGGUGUUAAGAGGGAAAUUUAGUGAAAAGGCGACAGCUGUUGUUCAGCAAGAUGAUGCAGUUAUCCGUCCCUCGAAGAUACCUCCAUUGCUCCGGCUUCCCCUGCUAGUACUGCUGAGCUUAACGUUCUCGUCGAUGCUUUACUCCUUUACUUCAAGUCAAACAGCAGAUCUAGCGAGCGUGUCGAGGAGUUUGGAUCAAUGGUGGCAAGUUGGCGCGUUAGUCGGGUGGAGAAUAUUUGAGCUUGGUCUGGGCUGGUAUGGAAAUUAUGAUGGCUAUGACCUGGCAGCUUUAACUCUGCUAUCUCAUGGUCCUCCACUCUACCUGCUUAGCACAUUCUAUGAGAUCCGGCCCGUUGCAGUCCUCCUCUCUCUCGCAAUCGACAUAACUACAACAUACAUCCCUUUCAGACUUCUCCGCCCUCUGUCACUGGCACACUCAACGUCAGAUACAAGAUACUGGGUGAAGGUCCCCAACAACGAAAUCCUGUCAUCGACAUCCAUCCAGAUUUAUGCCACGAUUCUCGCAGGCGCAAUCUACGCUGUCACCCUCUACACAGCAUAUGCAUUUUUCCUGCCAGUUUGGCUUGCCACAUACUUCUCGAAUAUCCCGACUGUUGCACCAGCACAUGCCGCAACACCCAUCUCGCUCUUCCCUCUCACCAUAUUCCUGGGACUAGCUGCAAAAUGUUUCAUAUUCACACCUUCGGUGGCAGCUGAGCCUUCUCUUGCGGAUGCUAAAAAGGCAGCUUUCAAUCCAGCGACUGCGAACCUCGGAGAACAUGUGGUGUAUAAUGUGUGGGGCUAUAGCAAGAGGACAAAGGUUGUCAUUACGAGAACGGCUGCUUUGAUGCUUGUUACAGGGGUCAACACAUUUGUACAGGCGUUUUUCAUGAUUGAGGGUGUUGAGGCUAAAGGAGCAGUCGGGUUCUCUUUGGUAUGGCUUGUUGCCAGUGGCAUAACAGGAGCCGCGCUAGGCGCUGUUUGUGCUAUUUGAGCUAUUUGAGCUUUUUGAAAUAGACGGUGAAUGUGGAUGGCGGAGUUUAGUGUGAGAUUUGAUGUUGUUUGAAAAAGACUCUAGUUUAGAUUCGGGAUGUGCUUGGUUUCUUUACAUUCCGGGCUGGGGUUUUGUUUUGUCCUCUUUGGGACAAGGGAGUUAUGGCUGGAGGCAUGCUACAUUUGUGGGAUGAUUCACGGAGCGAGACAGGGUAAGGGAAAAUAGUAUGAAGAAUGCUCUAAGCGAGAGAUAUAUAUCAAAACAGUUAUUUGCAUUCACUUUUGCGGCGGUGCAGAGCAUCUCAUCAAACGGA